AACUCUGAAACUCUUCCGUCUGUGACCAGUCCCAAUGCUCCGGUCACCGGCUACAAGCGUAUGGUCAUCCCGACUCAGCCUCCUCUGACGGCCACUAAGAAGUCCGGGGCCCCAGGUGGAACACUGCCCCGUUCCCAGGCGGAGCACUCCCCGUCCUCUGCCUCCCCAGUGGCCAGGCCUCAGUUCCAUACGGUGCCACAGCCAGUCCCAGCCACAUACGCCACAGCCUCCACCCCCAGCCAGCCCACCUUCAAUGUACAGGUGAGGUCUGCCCAACCCGCCGCCCAGCCCCCAGGACCCCCCCAGCAGUUUGCCCAGCAGCCGAUCCGGAGCCCAGCCCAGGUCCAGUACGUGUCUGCUCAGCCACGAGGCCCUGACUCGGCCUACGGGCCCCCUCAGCCAGGCUUCAUCCCUCAGCCAGGCUUCGCCCCUCAGCCAGGCUUCGUCCCUCAGCCAGGCUCUGCACCACAAGGGUACCCAGAACAGGCCUACCCUGGACCAGGAGGGUACGGGGGAGAACCAGGAGGGUACGGGGGAGAACCAGGAAACACCUGGAGACCCCAGACUAGCUAUACUGCUGCUCCUACCCAGCAGGGCUUCCCACAACCUGUCCCUAAGAAGACCUACAUCACAGACCCUCCUGCCAGCCUGGUGCCUCCUGUACACCUCGCCCCACAGAAG